ACGGAUUAGGGUUAUCGAUAGUUAGUUAAGUUUAAACUCAGCGCCGCAGUAUUAUUUGUAUCGAUAGCUUUGGUAUUUAAGUUUAGGUUACUUGGUCCCACUAAAAAAAGGUAAACAGAGGGAAACAAUUUGGCGGAAUUAGACCGAUUUGCGCCAUCACGAUAAGAGGGAAGAGAAACUGCGAAUAAAACCAUCAACAACACAGAACUCCAACUGUUGUCCAGCACUAGUGUUUUGAAGUGUUUAAAGGCAUUCCCUGUGAUCGGCCAAGCGGCGACAUUUUCUUUUAUUCGCACUCUGCAAGAUUAUGCCCACGAAGCAUUCGCCCCGGCGGAGCCCCAGGCUGGAAGCCUCGGGUGUUCCCGCAACUGCGACCACCACGGCCACAGCAACUUGCACCCCGGCAAGCUCUGCGAGUGUGGCUGGUGAUCGGCAGCGGCCACAGACUCCGAAGGAAAGUGGAACAGCCGCCAGGAAAGCGGCAAGUAACCUGCAGCCCGAAGCAACGGGGCAGAUUAGAGACCCCACAACUGUACAUGUGGCGGCCCUGAUGGAAAGGAUUGCACGUCUCGAGUCGGAGCUGGAAAAGGCAAGGGUAAGUGGAGGACAAGCAGAGGCCGGCAGGAAUCCCGUUGGAAUCGGGGCACGCGGCGUUGGAGUGAGCAGUGCGGCGAAUACACCGCCAUGUUUGAGUGGAAUGAUGCAAACGGAGCUUGGAGUGACGUCAUCGCUGCAGUUGCCGGCACAAUUGAGUGCAAGUUUGCCGCCACAAUUGAGGCGCAGCCUGGGCUAGGUUAUGUCCAUCCGCCACGGGAGCCGACACACAAUUUGGAGGUAUCUGCACCAUCGCACCUGCCAUAUGAAGUGGCGACGGCGAGCAUACCUGGAUGGACGCCACGUAGAUUGCCUGAUCUUCCCGACUUCGAGGUUCAGCCAGAGGAAUGGCCAAUAUUCCUGUGCGCGUUCACGGAGACAACGGCAGCCUACCGGUGUACACAACUGGAAAACAACCAGCAGCUAGUGAAAGCCCUGUAAGGCGACGCCCGAGAGACAGUGAAGUCGUUGCUCAUCCAUCCCAGCAACGUAGAAGCCGUUAUGGAGCAGCUUCAAUUUCGGUAUGGACGUCCGGAGCUACUCAUCCGUAGCCAACUGGAUAGCGUGCGCGAUGUGCAGCCAAUUCAGGAGGCCAACAUCGCAAAGAUCGUCCCGUUCGCAACGAAGGUGAGCAACCUGGCAGCGUUCCUGCAGUCAACCACGAUCGGCAGCCAGCACCUAGGGAACCCAACCCUAAUGGAGGAGCUGGUCGCCAAGUUGCCGCUGAGCAAGAGGUUGGACUGGGCGAGGCACGCACCGUAUACAACCGUAUCCGACAGUGGUGCACCUGAGCGAAUGGCUUCAUGAAUUCGCAAGACUGGUGUGCACUGUCACGGACGUUGGAGCCAAGGAUCAACCGAAGCGAAGGAUCCUGCACGCGAAUAGUGUUCGCGAGGAGGAGCGGUAUGCCGACCGCCCCAGAUGUUGCCCUAUAUGCGAGGGACAACACCAGAUCAGGGACUGCAAGGAAUUCAACGGCGUUUCUACGACGACGCGGAUCGAGUCAGCGAGGAAGUUGAGGCUAAGCUUCUCGUGUCUGGAGCCCGGACACAUGUCCCGGUUCUGCAGGAAGAGCCGCGGAUCCAACGUCCACGGAUGCCAAAUGAGGCAUCACUACCUUCUACACGAGUCACCUGGACAUUCUAGACAGCCGUACGUCGCAGAGGGAGGCCGCAGGAGCGACCAGAGAAGCAGCAGCAAAUGGAGUGAAAUGCCACGACCAGUGGAUUCCAACGAGAGGAGCCGUCCCACGUCAGCCGCAGUUAUAGACGCGGGGCGUGAGCAGGAGGAAAGGCGAUCGACGUGUGACCGCCACGAUUUGACGCACCGGAACCUGAGCUGCGUUGAUUCGAUUGGAUGCCACCUGCUAUUCCGGAUUCUACCCGUGACGUUGUACGGGGAGAAUACACAGGUCGACACCUAUGCACUGCUGGAUGAAGGAUCGUCUGUCACGCUUAUCGACGACGAACUCAUCCGCAGCCUGAACCUGAAAGGCCAGAGUUGCCAACUGAACGUGCAAUGGUUUGGUGGGAAAUCUGCCAAAGGGCACACGAAAGUGGUAAGCGUGCAGAUCGGUGCAGCGGGCAAACCAAAGCACCAUGGGCUGAAGAACGUGUACGGAGUAGCCAAUUUGAACCUUCCGAUGCAGAGCCUGCGUCGGCAUGAUGUAAAGGCAGUGAAGGCGAAUGCGCGCCUGCCUGUGAAGCCGUACAUCAAUGCGACGCUGAGGAUCCUAAUUGGACUGCUAUGGAUCUGGAGGACCAUUUGCAGCAGCCACCGCACUUGGAUGGGUGGUGUAUGGACCGGUGAGCGGAAAGGUGAGCUCACCGCUUAGGAGUUCGUGCCUCCUAGCCGUGCCCCAG